AUGCUAAGAAACUUUCGUCUGGCUACGGCCGUGAGACCCGUCUUUGCAAGACGCGGAUACGCCCUGUCCACCAAUGCCCAGGCCUUGAUCUCCAAGAACGUCAAGGAUGUUGACCCAGAGAUGAACGAGAUCUUGCAGGCCGAGCAGAACCGCCAGAAAACUUCUGUUACGCUUAUUCCCUCGGAGAAUUUCACCUCAAGAGCCGUCAUGGACCUCUUGGGAUCAGCUAUGCAAAACAAGUACUCCGAAGGUUACCCUGGUGAGAGAUACUAUGGAGGAAACGAGUUCAUCGAUAAGGCCGAAGCUUUGUGUCAGAAAAGAGCUCUUGAAGCUUUCAAAUUGGACCCUGCUGAGUGGGGAGUCAAUGUUCAGCCACUGUCUGGAGCACCUGCCAAUUUGUACGCCUAUUCUGCCGUUAUGGAGGUUGGCGACCGCCUGAUGGGCCUCGACCUGCCCCACGGUGGUCAUUUGUCUCACGGUUACCAGACUGCCACCACUAAGAUCUCCUAUAUUUCCAAGUACUUCCAGACGAUGCCUUACCGUCUCAAUGAAGAGACUGGACUCAUUGACUACGAUAUGUUGGAGAAGACCGCCGUUCUUUUCAGACCCAAGGUCAUCGUUGCUGGUGCCUCUGCCUACGCUCGUGUGGUUGACUACAAACGUAUGAAGCAGAUUGCCGACAAGGUUGGUGCUUAUCUGAUGUCCGAUAUGGCUCAUAUCUCAGGUCUUGUUGCUGCAGGUGUGACUGAGUCGCCUUUCCCAUAUUCUGACAUUGUGACCACCACCACCCACAAAUCUCUCAGAGGUCCAAGAGGUGCUAUGAUUUUUUUCAGAAAGGGUAUCAGAAAGGUCACCAAAAAGGGCAAGGAGAUUCCAUACGAACUGGAGAAGAAAAUCAACUUUUCCGUUUUCCCAGGCCACCAGGGUGGUCCACACAACCACACCAUUUCUGCCUUGGCUGUUGCUUUGAAGCAGGCAACCACUCCAGAAUAUUUGGAAUACCAACAAUCUGUUGUUGCCAAUGCGAGCUCCUUUGCAGAUGCUUUGACCUCGAGAGGCUUCAACCUCGUGUCCGGUGGUACCGACACCCACCUGAUUCUGAUCGAUCUGCGUUCCAAGAAUAUUGAUGGUGCGAGACUCGAGGCAGUCUUGGAAAGAAUCAACAUUGCUGCUAACAAAAACACCAUUCCUGGCGAUUCGUCGGCUCUGUUCCCAUCCGGUUUGAGAGUAGGCACUCCUGCCAUGACCACCAGAGGGUUCCUUGCUGGUGAAUUCGAUACCGUUGCUGAGUACAUUUCAAAAGCGGUCGAAAUCGCUUCCAGCUUGAAGGCUCAGGAGCAAGGAGCUACUCCAAAGGAGAAGCUCAGCAACUUCAAGCAAUUGGCUACGGACAGUGAAGCGGUCAAGUCCUUGGCUACGGAGGUGUCAACUUGGGUCUCUGCAUUCCCAGUUCCAGGUGAGCUUUAG